GAACUGAGACGUCCUUACUUCCGGUGUAGGCGGCGGGGGGGCCGCACUCAUGUCUGGCCGGCGGUGUUUGGUCUCCUCCUUCUUCUCCUCCUCCUCCUCCUCCUUCUUCUCCGUCCCUGGACGUCUUGUGACGGCUGGUCCUCGCCACCAUGCUCGGGAUGUUCCGCUUCUGCUGGACGGUGUCUCUCACGCUCCAAAUGGCGUCCGCGGUGGAUCAGCUGUACUCGGAGGACGACCAGCUGGCGGUGCUGAGCGGCGUCGGCCUCAAGUCCGCCGUCACCAACUCAUCCUCCGCCUGGCUCGUCCAGUUCUUCUCGUCCUGGUGCGGACAUUGCGUCCACUUCUCCGCCACCUGGAAGGCCCUGGCCCGGGACGUCCAAGACUGGCAGCAGGUGAUCAACAUGGCCGUGCUGGACUGUGCACAGGAAGACAACUAUGACGCCUGCAAAGAAUACAACAUCAAGUUUUACCCGACAUUUAAGUAUUUCCACGCUCACUGUCCACCCACGGACAAAGGGACGACCUACAGAGGUGCAGACAGACAGGUGCAGUCCAUGAGACGGCUGAUGGUGGACAUCUUGCAGAACCACACCAGAGAACAUUUACCUGAUCACUGUCCACCUUUAGAACCUUGGAGCUCUGCACAGAUCUUUCCUCUGCUGGGUCAAAGGUCGAGUGACUACUCCGCCGUCAUCGUGGAGGAGGCGGAGUCAUACGUUGGCCGAGAGGUGACCCUGGACCUGCUGCAGUACUCGGGCGUGCACGUGAGGAGAGCGCUGAGCUCCGAUCGCCCCCUGCUGGACGCUCUCAACACCUCCGCCUUGCCCUCCGUCUACCUGCUGCACCCCAACGGAACACACGCACACCUGCACGCUGAAAAGAGACAGAGGUUCUUCUUCACGUCUUUGUUGAGGACGUUGCCAGGCGUCCAUCGCAGGUGGAAUAGUGCACGCUCGCCCAGCAGGUGGAAUAGUGCACGCUCGCCCAGCAGGUGGAAUAGUGCACGCUCGCCCAGCAGGUGGAAUAGUGCACGCUCGCCCAGCAGGUGGAAUAGUGCACGCUCGCCCAGCAGGGAGGGACCCUCGUCCCCACACUCCUCCAAGACGUGGAGACACUUUGACAGCUCCAAGGUGUACACAGCUGAUCUGGAGUCAGCCCUGCAUUACCUGCUGAGAGUGGAGCUGGCCAGUCAUCCCACACUGGAGGGGGAGGAGCUGAGGGUCUUUAAGGACUUUGUCACCUUGGUCGCCAAGUUGUAUCCAGGUGGGGGUCCAGUGGUGAAGCUCAUGGAGACCCUCUCUGAUUGGCUGCACAGUCUGCCAUUGCAACAAAUCCCCUACCAAGCUGUCCUGGACCUGGUAGACAACAAGAUGAAGAUCCCCGGUGUGUUCUUGGGGGCGGGGCUUAACUGGGUUGGUUGUCAAGGCAGCAGAGAUGGGCUGCGUGGUUACCCGUGUGCUUUGUGGACUCUUUUCCACGUCCUGACGCUCCAACUUGAUGCCACACCUCGUGCACUGGCUCACACUGGCCUGGAUGCUGAAGGCGCUCCAGUGUUGAAGGUCAUGCGAGGUUACAUGAAGAACUUCUUCGGGUGUGAAGACUGUGGCCGACACUUUGAGAAGUCCUCCUCAACUUUGACCUCCGUCUACUCCCCCCAAGAGGAGGUCCUGUGGUUGUGGAGACAACACAACAUGGUCAACUCCAGACUAGCAGGUUCUCUAAGUGAAGACCCCAUGUUCCCCAAAGGGGCGUGGCCUAGCCCCUCCCUCUGUCCGUCCUGUCACGAGGAGAAAAAUGGCGUCCACGUCUGGGACCUGGCCAACGUGCUCAGCUUCCUGCGACGUCACUACGGCGCGGACAACCUGUCCUCCGCACACGCCGCCAUCCCGCCCACGCCGGACGCGGCUCACAGCGGCCGUCCGCCACUCCGCCCCCAAACGGAGGCGCUUCUCAAGCCGGGGGCCGGAGUGUGGACGUUGGCGGCGGGCUUCAACGGCGUGGACAUGAGCCUGUGUGUGGUCCUCUACGUGUCCUCAUGCCUGCUCCUCAUGCUCCUCUUCUUCUUCUUCAGAGUGCGCUCCAGGAGGUGGAGGCACCCCCGCCUCCCCCUCUGAUGGACACCUCCCUCAUGCUGCCAUUCUAGGCCCCGCCCCUCGCCAGGGGGCGGGGGCGUGUUGUCAAAAUGCUUUGACCUCCUUUUCUUGUGGAAAUGAAACUGUGACCAAAUGUCAUGACUCAGCACUUUUACCUUUUUAUGACAUCCAAUAAACUUGACAUCUGCACCUGUA